AUGAUGCUGCUCCCGGUCUUGCUCUUAUUCAUUCUGGGGCCUGCGUGUGGAUUAUUUGAGCUCCAGCUUGCGAAGCCCGAGGGUCAUACUGUCCGUGCCAUUAAGCAAUCCAUAGGUGCAGCAACAAUUGAGAGAAGGGCAAGUACGGUAGGCACCAAUAUAUUUGACGUCCAAGCAUACGGUGCAGGAUUUCAAGGCUACUUCAUAAACAGUGAGCUCGAGCAAGCCUCUUCGAACUUGAUAUGCCCUCCUAACCUUGAGGCUACAGUAACCGUGGGAACACCUCCCCGAAAUCAGACAGUCUUCUUGAAAACCGGUGCGGGCGACUUGUAUUUGGAUGGUACCAACGCCGAUAGCUGCAUGCUACCGCCUACGACUUCCUCAGCUUGUGUGGGCGGUACCUUUGCCUUCGCCGAAUCGAAUACCUACAGGACAAUCGACCCUGCUUCCACGUUAAAUAUUACAUUCAACGACGGCACUACGGCAACUGGGCCCUAUGUUCAAGAUACGAUCGGUAUUGGCAAUGUUAAUAUCACUGGAGUACGAUUUGGAUUGGCUCAGAAGGGGCUGCCGACUACCGGCUUUUCGACUGGCGUCAUGGGCAUAGGCUACUCGUCGGAUGAGGUUGUGUCGAAUGUGAACGAGACCUAUCCCAAUAUCCCUGAAGUGUUGGCGAAAUCGGGAUCAAUCAACAGCCGACUAUAUUCUUUGUCUUCAGGCGAUGCCAGUAAGUUAGAGGUACAGAAUGGUGUAGGGAACGGCUGACUGGUGCUGAUAGGAAGCGACUGGGGCACAGUCGUGUUCGGCGGUAUUGACAGGUCGAGGUUUUCUGGGCCAUUAGCCACCGUGAACAUUCUGCCAGUCGUGUCGAAUAACGUAACCGAUCGCAAGAUCCUUGACUUUUGGGUCCCAGUCACUGCCGCGAAUGUGACGGUGGCCGGCGCUACUACUAGGCUCUGGUCGGGCGGAUCCGACGAUAACCCAGCCUUCAACUAUUCUGAUAGCUCGGUGGCUGCAAUUGUGAAUACAGGUGGUCCUGCUUGGAAUAUUCCGCCCUCGUAUUACGACACGAUGAUCAAGGCCUUAUCAAUCGAUGGCAGUGAUAGUCUCGUUAAUUGUUCACGCGUGAAUCCAGACGAUUUCUUAUCACUAACGUUCGCCAACAAAAUCACAAUUCAAGUCAACACGAGCCAAUUUGUUGUGCCGCUUUACAACGAGACGACCAAGGAAGCAAGGUACUGGCCGAACAGUACCGAGCCACUUUGCUACCUUCAGAUUGCACGAUCUUCUUCCAAGGCCCAAACAAGCUAUAUGGGAUAUUCAGUGAUGUCAAGCUUGUACGCUGUGUACGACUUGGACAACGCGCAGAUUUCCAUCGCACAAGCGAGACUGAAUGGCAACACGCGACCAGACAUCGUCACUGUUCAAGCUGGGCCCACUGGCAUCGCAGCUGCUUAUUCGAACGUGAACACGGCGUCGAGAAACUCCUGGUCUAUUCCUCCCCCAGUUUCGACCGCGACCAACGCCUUUGUAUCACGAUCUAUGGCUGCGAUUGGCACGGCGACAGGCGUCGGUGCAAUUCCACUGGAUGGCAGACUGAAGACAACGGGGACCUCAUUACCCUCCUCCACCGCAGCCGGCGCUUCUCCGUCUCAGACUGGCAAGCCGGAUCAUCAUUCCAACGCAGGUGCCAUUGCUGGAGGAGUCGUUGGCGGCCUAGCAGGUCUCGCGUUGAUUGGUGGAGUGAUAUUCUAUCUCGUUCGACGAAAGAGGAAGCGAAUCAAGCCUUCGCUGCCGGAAAUGCAGAGAUAUCCAGUCACGGCGGAGUGA